AUGGUACCAACUGCCGACCGCGACGAGCUUCAGUUCUCAAGCUUCCUUACGCAGCUCAAAGCAGAACCAUCUUCUGAGGAUCCAAUGCGUACGGGCCAGCAGCAGUGGUCGUCGCCUACGAGCAUCACGACAAAUCCUACGGACGCCACGACAAACACGUCGCAGCCGCUGCCCAGCUUCACGCUAGACCAGCACCAGCAGAGCAACAAUUAUUACGCCAAUGCCAGUGCCGGCAUCAACUUGCCUCCUCGACUCUCGACUCCGACUGGAUACUAUACACAACAGCUCCUGCCGCCUCGUGAGAUACAUACCACUUCAGCUCUCCAAGUUGGAGACUAUCUGCACCAGCACCAGCCUCCACAGCAGCCGGCGCUUCAUCCACUUCUACAGCAUAGUGAAGCGAUGCCGCGCUCGAAUGACGACGACUUAGCGAUGGACGCGCAGAUGCUUCGCGAAGUGCUCCAGGAGAUGCCAACCGGUCAGACGCCAGUUAAUGCACAGCACACGACGCAGCCGCGCGGACAGCAAAUGCCGGGCCUGCAGCUCCUUUUCGCUUCUCCGAUGCACUCGACGGAUAUGCACGCAGCGGCGCCCCAGACACAGCCGCCGGCUUUCUAUAGCAACAGCAUGGGCAUGACCACCGCCCCAGCAGACAUGCUGCUCACUAUGAGUCAGGCAACAGCUCCAGUCGCACCCAUGUACCCCGUACCGACGCACGACCGGACUGUUCUGCCUGGCACGCUGCCGGUCCCGACCGGCACAGUCGGCAUGCCUAAUGCCUUUGACCCGCUCGCUGUCGCUGCUGUCGGGAGCAUGAUCCCGCCGCAUACGCUCCCGCGCAAGAAGCGCACGACGGCUACUCGCAUCUGCAAGGUGGAGGGCUGCACGAAGGGCAUUCGUUCGCGCGGAUUGUGCAAGGCGCACGGGGGCGGUCGCCGGUGCACGACGCCCGGUUGCACCACGAGCGACCAGGGCGGAGGCCACUGUGUUCUCCACGGUGGAGGACGACGCUGUCGCAUUGAAGGCUGCAAGAAGUCGGCACAGUGGCGCGGAGUCUGCAAGAUGCACGGCGGCGCUCGUCGGUGCCGUUACGGUCAGUGCACCAAGAACGGCCAGGUGAAGCAGGGCUACUGCCGGAUGCACCACAACCUGCUUACAGCUCAGCGCCAGCAACAGGAGCAACUGCAAGCACAGCAGUUGCAGCAUUUGCAGCAAGCUCAGCUGCCUCCCGUCCCGACUGUCGCCGCUAUUGCGGCCAUGCCCAUAAAGCUCGAGACGAGCAACAUAUAA